UCCGCUCAAGACGAAUUCUGAUUGGAUGAUAUCACGCUCGUGUUGCCUAGCGUGUCUGUUUUGAUUGGACCGAGGGCUGUCAAUCAGCUCAUUGGGUCUGUGUUUCAGUGAAGCGCACGAAGUAACUCGGCAGAAGUUCACGAAAGUUCACGAGAGCACAGUUCUCACGCAAUACGGAAGCGUUGCCGUUUAUCGCCAUCACGUAAAUCUAGUGGUGUCCGUUAGUCAAGAAGAAGUGGGUUGUCCUUAAAGCCAUUUUAGCCGCGUCUUGUUGAUCUUGUUUAGGUGUUUCAGUCAGAUAAGAGUUUAUUAACUUGAAACACUGGCACGCUAGCCUCAGUGACUCCUCACUUUUGCCGCCAGAAGUAACGUUACCUCAGCACUUAUUGUAUAACCUAGUUUUACCAAACUGAGAUAGAGUUAUAAUAGAGUUUUGUCUCAUCUGAGAAUGAGUGGAAGUGGGGCACAGUCUUUGUUUUUCCUUGAACUUCCGGACCUGAGGAAUUUAUGUUGUGUAAAUCUGUUCUUUACGAACAGUGAUGAUGAAGGAGAGUUGAGAAACAAACAAGUGCAAACCUGCAGGGAGCUUGUUCUCUUGCAUUCAGACGUCGUUGCUUCUCCUGUUUUGGGCCAUUUUGGAGGCAUCACUGCUAUAAUGACUGGGAGACAAAAGGCUGAAUUGCAAGAUAUAAAAGCCACAGUGUUCGUGAUAUGUGCAUCACCUUGCGUGCGUGUGCACCUGCCAGUUAAGUUUGUGCUGUUGCAUAUUGCAUCUUACCACAGCGGUGUCAUCCAGGCUUUUGCACAGAAGCAUGGUCUGCAGCUCAACUUUUCUGAAAGGGUAUUUCCUGGUAUUCUGCAGACGUGUUUGUCCUAUUCUCUGACUGCCAGACUGGCCCCUAAAUGGAACAAAGCGGGCCAGUACCUAAUAGCAGGAGAAGAUUUCCUCAGUGACUCUGGAAAACUCAGUGCGGUUGUGCUUGAGAUGAGUAUCACUGAGACUCAACUGUGUGUCAGUGUGGAAGCCAACACAGUCAGACUUCUUCCAGCUGUGAUAGAGGAUUUUGAUAUUCCUGCUCCUGUGAUGAAAAACUUCCUCCACGCUAAUGAUGCUGUACUGCACACAGUCAUGCCAAAUAACUGGUGCCAUGUUCUGCCAAGUAUGAAGAAAGGCCAGAUCAUUAGCAUCAGUCACAGAAUUCCACAGGAAAGCCCAUUCCAAUCUUACAUGGAGUUUCAAAACCACUGGAGCAACAUGUAUGGAUAUCAGCUCCCUUCAGCAAGUGAAGAAGACGUCAUCUACUGCAGCGUGUACUUUAAACCAAUAGGUGACAAGCUGUUCAUAUAUCCACUGUGCUGUAUCCGCACUCAGCCGGUACAGUGCUUUUCCAGAGUGGACCUGCAGGGGGUGCUGGGAACCUUCAUAUCAGACCUGCAGGCCGGACUAGAGAGUGUGUGUGGUUUUCCAGUGCGGAUGACCUGCAAGCCUUGCUACUACAGCAAUGAACUGAACAGACCUGACACUCAGUGCUUUGGGCCCCUGCCUGCAAACGUGACAACGGAAAACAGCAGCAGAGCUGUACUGAACCAGCUUCCCAGCAGCUGCCCACGGAUUGCUGCGCAGCCCCGCUCCAGUCAGUGUGACUCAACUGGAAAACAGACUGAAACAAAAAAGAGAUUUAGUUUGGAUUCGUCUCUUGACCAGAAAAGAUGGACGACCUCCAACUUGGCAACUCAGCUCUCUUCUUCUCCCACUAAUGUUCAUUUUACUCACAUCCAGCCACAAUCUGCACUUCCGAGACCAAAGCUUGUGCCAAUCUUCAAAAACAAAUCACACACCCGCCAUGUGAACGUGACUGAGAUGCUUGCAGCGAAACAGCAGCAGGGGUUGGAAGGGCAGAAGCUGAAGACAGUUAUAAGGCCUCUGUCAUCUACUUGUCUGUCAUCGCCUCCAGCCCCGGAGCGGAUGACUUUACCCUUUUCUAAGAGGAAGGAAAAGACCAACAGCGGUGUGACUAGGAAUCUGCCUCCUCUGCCUUUAGUACAGACACAGCCUCAAAUCAUACCUAAGAUUCCCAGCAAUGGAGGAGGGGACGUGUUUGAGUCAAAACCAAAGAGGCUCAAACAGAGUGUGCAGGACGUGGAAAUGUAUGCGACAAGCAAUCAGCACUCAAAGGUCAACUCUGUGACUCUGCAGGCAUGGUUGAAAAGUCGAGGGAUCAAUGUGCGCUCAAAGGAUAAGAAAGAGGAGCUGGUGUCAAAGGUCAUGAGGUGUUUGAGUGAACGUUAGCGAUCUUGCCUAACAUACAGAAUUUCAGUUGGCAAUAAUGAAUCCCAGCACUGCUGAAAACAGUGAUGCAAGGUGACUUUCCUCAACCCCUAAUGACACCGCAGACUCCCAAAGAAGAGUGAAAGUCGAGUCAGAGGCUCUUGACUGAGAUGGAAAUCAGGCCCAACCACUUUGAUGGCUAAUGAUAGGGGCCAAAUUACGCCACUUUCUGUAUCUUAAAAGAGCAUGAUCACUCUUGUCUCUGCUGCCCUUUAUACUGACAGAGCUUAAUGAUCCAUACAUAUCUGACUUGAAAAGCUGUGCAGUACGUAGGAGGUCAUGCAAAAGCAAGAAUGCAUCUCUGCAGGGCAAAUAUUGUCAGGCUUGAAAAAGUGCCGUGCAUUUUGCACAUCAAAGAUCUGAAUGUGAAACAGACUUGCUACCCACCACGCUGUGACUAACAGGGUGACUGUUAUUCAUUACCGUAACGGCUUCUAAUAUCAGCAUGUUUAAUUGACGCAUGGCUUGUUUAUAGUGGCGAACAGGGGUUAGUAGUUGAUUUAUCGACUCUUAGUUUAAGUCUUCAACUUCACGUCACAGAUAAAGAAAAAUGUUCCUUGAAAAUAGUUCCCACGCUUUGCGGAAUCAGGCCUUCUUUUUGGUCUGCAUCAGCACAGGCGGUGAUUGAUAGAUGAUGUAUUUGAAAUUUUGCAACCGAUGGUGUUUCUGCCUAAAUCAGUCUGUCAUAUUUCAUUUCAGAGACUACAAUACACAUAUUCACAUGCGGUUGCGUUUCUGUUAUUUUUCGUAAUUUACUGACAUCAAUGCACCCUAGUAUGCACUUUUGUUAAGGUGCCAGUCGCCACGAGGCACGGUAAAAAUUCCCGUCUCCUGCGUGCCGGUUCAUGCUCUCAUCUCACAGUACAGGCCUCAGGACCGCUCUAAUUUAGAGUGUUUACCUCAAUUCUGACCUGCCAGAUCACACUUACAACCAGAUUAAUAUACAGAGUCAAGGAGUCUGCUGCUAUAAUUUAUGAGCUUCUACAGUUAAAGCACUGAAGUACCAUAUUAACUGCUGGAUUGAGUGAGAAAUGAUGGGCUAUUUAUAUAUAAUGCUAGAUAACCCAAAUUGCUUGUGUAUUUUUAUUUCUUUGAACUAUAAAAAGGAGUUAAAUUUGGUCGACCAGGCCAACCAAUCAGCAAGAAGUAUGUGGGAAGAUUGUAUUCGCUGUUUCACUCUUUUGCAAUUCCCAGUAUUAUGAUUCAGUCGUGAUAAAACAUCACAAUAAUCCACAAGUAAGCCAUACGACUCCAGUACAUCAAUUAAUGUCCUGACAAGAGAAAAGCUGCAUGUUUGUAAAAAUUAAAUUCAUCAUUAAGAUAAUUUAACUUUAAGCUGUUGCAUCCGGCCAUAACCUGUGUCUGUAUUAUCGGUUUGUCCAAUGAAAAGUCUUCUUGUCUGAAUCAAAAGAGAAAUAUGCACAGAUCAAGCACCAUUUACAAGUGAAAACAGUUCUAAACAAAUAUGUGGGUGGAUUUUGAUGUGAGAGGAUAACAGGAGAUGGACUUUUAAUGGAGGAAGCAUUAUUAUGGAUUAUGAACUUGGCCAGAAGCAACAGUUCAAAGUUUAUAUUAGUUAUGGAUUUGUUUUGUUAAAAACAUAGCUUUUAGUUUCACAAGAUGUUGAUUGAUGAACUGGAGUCAUGUGGAUUACUUGUGGAUUAUUAUCAUACAAAAAUAAUACAUGUUGUCUACAAAAUACUACUAUUGCUCAAGCUUCUAAAUCUUCAAGCUAACAAAAUAUCGGUAAAAUGCUAUAAAUUUCUGUCCUCAGAAAUAAUGAAAAUAUGCAAAUGUUAAUGUAAAAAAAGUGAACCUUCACACAUUGCUUUCCCAAAUGCAGGUUAAACUAUUAUAAGCUGUAUGUACAGUGGAGGUCAAAAUUUUACGUACACCUUGCAGAAUCUGCAAAAUGUUAAUUAUUUUACCAAAAUAAGAGGGAUCAUACAAAAUGCAUGUUAUUUUUUAAGACGUGAUUCGUAGUAGUGAUGGGAAGUUCUGAUUAUUUUACCGACUUGAACCUUUGAGUCUCGUUCAACAAAAUGAACAAAUCUUUUUUCAAGUCAUUUCGUUUAUUUUAACAAAAUAAGCAUCACAUGACAGCCCCAUAAGAUGAACGAGCGACGAAAGACUUGAAACAGGUGAAUUAAUUCCAGUACAGAACCUAAUAGGAUGUUGUGCAUGCACGACUGAACAAAUCACUCUCCGAGACGACUUGUUCUUCCCGAGUCACUUUAAAGAUUUGUUCAAGAAUGCGCAUCCCAGAGCCUGUGCUACACCAGCUUUUGUGCUUAAAACGUAUUUUAAAAAUAAUUUUCGAAAACAGUUUUUGAAUAAUUUUCGAAAAUGGUUUUGCUAAAAAGGACCCUUCUUCCUCAGCUGGGAUCGUUUAGAGCCAUCAAAUUCGGGGCACCAAUGAAGUCCAUUAUAUGCAGAAAAAUCCUGAAAUGCUUUCAUCAAAAACCAUAAUUUCCUUACGACUGAAGACAGAAAGCCAUGAACAUCUUGGAUGACAAGGGGCUGAGUAAAUUAUUUGAAUUGUUGUUCUGGAAGUGGACUUCUCCUUCAAUACUCUGUCCUUACCUGAAUGAUCCACAGCUGUUUUUUUUUUUGUUGUUGUUGUUUUUUUAAGUGAUAGUUGUUUAUGAGUCCCUUG